AUGGCUUUUGACCUUAGGCGAUUGAUUACGCCCCAUCAAAGUCGCGAUGGAGAUGUAUCGGCAUCUUCCUUACCCACCGAGGAGUACGUCCGCUCGCCCCACGUCACGCUCAACGAUAAUGGGGGGACUGUGAAGGGCCACCGGUACGACAGGUUGACAUUCCUAAAGGGCCCAAAGGGGUGCACAAGCGAGCGCUUUGCCAAGGGAGAGAUGCGUCGCGUCGUCGCCGCGCUGGUGGCGGGGUUCCAGUGGACGCUCGCGCAGGCCCACGAACCAUAG